UUAUUGAUGCAAUGAUGGUGAAGAUUAAUAUAAAGUGGUUAUAGUUCGGCUGUGUGUAUGUGUAUAUAUCAUAUAUGCAUAUUUAAUCAUACUUAACGUAAAGCUCAACACCUCUUUAUUCUCUCUAGACUUGCCCUUUUUAGUGUGCAAGUCAGGGUUAAGAAUUUUUUUUUUACUCCUAGUAAACACACUGUGUGUUGUGCAUUUACUGUGCUGUAAGUUCAUAUUUGUGUGCACAUAAAGUGUGCUGUUUAUACAGAUCCUGUGCUGCUUUGGCUUAAUGUGGUUUUAAGCUGUUGUAAUUCUGUUUAUUUUAGCACACGGUGCGCGUAAUUAUUAAUAUGCAAAGAGCAAAUGUGUAAUUGUGGUGUACAUAACAGCUAUUAAUGGCUUUAACCUCGUUACUGUUUUACUUGUUGUACAAAGCGUUCUGUUCUCCUCUUUCCUCCCACUUUUAGUGAAGUCAACACCGUGUCCCGUUGAGUCACUGCUGAAGGCGCUUUGCCAAAACCGUUAACUUGCAACUUUUUUUUUCCCAGAAUCACAUUUGCUGACUGUGUCUCCUGCUUUCAAUCUAGUAAAACACACACACACACACACCAGCAAAUCUGUACAAGGGUCAUUAGGUUAAGGUCCAGUCCAAUCUCAAAUGUUCUCCAGUAUCAGUUAUAUAGCAAUCCCCCGACUUGCUCUGUAGUAUAACUCCAGUUCCUUUUUAAACCCCGUUCUUCCUCAGAUCACUUACUCUUGCAGGGUUAGGUGGAAUCAGCGACUUGAAAACUCGCAAGAUCAUCAGGUAUUCAAGCAAGCAGUAGAUGAAGAUCAACCUUUCAGUGCUGUGGUGAUCAGCGGUGCUUUACCUUGAAGAGGAUGACUGCGCAGACUAAAUAACUUUUUUUCCAUGCUGACUUGAACGUGACUCGGCCUGGUUUUAUCACCGGAGUGAGAAAAUCUUUACGAGGCAAUGAGCUUUUAACAAGCCUUCUUUACAAGCCUUUAGAAAUAAGGCUUGUUAGCAGAUUCUGACCUGACAGUCUUUUAUUUGAAAUGGCGUUUUAGAAAGCCGCUGUUGAUACAGUCCCAGUCUAGAAGGAUCUAAAAUGUAUGCCUCCUAAGCUGAUUCCUGUUCACCUACAAAUUGCCAUUCCUGUUACUCCAGCUCUCAGAGUUUCUGCUGUUGCUGCCAGUACUGUGUUUGCAACACCUCAAGUCACAAACACAGAUUCCUUCCUACUGAGAUCAUUUACAGUUUCUUUUUCCUGGUCAAUGGGCCUCCUGUAACAGGAUGACGUUUAUAUUUAGCAGGAGGACGUAAGCCGAUCACAGACUUUCUAAUAAAGGCGUGUUUUGUUUCCAGAAACUCCAAAAUGGAUUAUAAAUUGCAUGUUGACAUGGAGGUGAUUCACAGACUGAAGUUUGUGCCUGAUAGUGCGUAUAGCACGCCGUAAAUUAAAGUGGACAUUUCAGUUUAAGUAAGACCGAGAAAGCCAGUGCACUAUAAAGGAAUUGUGUUUUCCUAAUGUUGUUUGCAACUUACCCAAAAGAAAGAUAACUUGGCCAGGACAUUGUAAACCCUGAUUCUUGGUUGCUCUGCACGUGUCUCGCACUGGCGAGUGAAGAUGAAGGCGCCGGGCCGCGGGCGCAGCUGAGCAUGUACGCGGCGUCAGGGAUGACGGAGUGCAAGGCCGAGGUGACGCCAUCAACGCGCAAUGGCCACCGCGUGUUCAGCUACACGCUCGAGAGCCACACGGCCGCUGCCUUCACCAUCAUGAACGAGCUGCGGCUUGAGAGGCAACUCUGUGAUGUCACACUGCGAGUAAAAUACAACGACCUGGAUGCAGUGGACUUUGUGGCACAUAAGGUGGUGCUGGCAUCCUCCUCACCUGUCUUUCGUGCCAUGUUCACCAACGGUCUGAAGGAGUGCGGCAUGGAGGUGGUGCCCAUCGAGGGGAUCCACCCACGGGUAAUGGGCCGCCUGAUAGAGUUCGCCUACACGGCAAGCAUCUCGGUCGGAGAGAAGUGCGUCAUCCACGUGAUGAACGGAGCGGUGAUGUAUCAGAUCGACAGCGUGGUGAAGGCCUGCUGUGAUUUCCUGGUGCAGCAGCUGGACCCGAGCAACGCCAUCGGCAUCGCUAACUUCGCAGAGCAGAUUGGCUGCACCGAGCUGCACCAGAAAGCCCGCGAGUACAUCUACAUGAACUUCAGCCAGGUUGCGACGCAGGAGGAGUUCUUCAAUCUCUCUCCCUGUCAGCUGGUAACGCUGAUCAGCCGUGAUGAGCUGAAUGUACGCUGCGAGUCCGAGGUAUACCAUGCGUGCGUGGCGUGGGUGCAGUACGAGCGUGACGAGCGGAGACCCUACGUGCAGGCGCUGCUACAGGCCGUGAGAUGCCACUCUCUUCCGCCGCACUUCCUUCAGCGCCAACUCGAGCACUUUGAGUGGGAUGCGCAAAGUAAGGACUAUCUAGCACAGAUCUUUCAGGACCUCACGCUGCACAAGCCCACCAAGGCAGCGGCAUGCCGCACGCCCAAGGUACCGCAGCUUAUCUACACGGCGGGCGGCUAUUUCCGCCAGUCGCUCUGCUACCUCGAGGCGUUUAACCCAACCACUGGCGCCUGGCUGCGUUUGGCAGAUCUGCAGGUGCCUCGCAGUGGCCUGGCGGCGUGUGUGAUCAGCGGGCUCUUCUAUGCCGUCGGAGGAAGGAACAACGCACCUGAUGGCAACAUGGACUCCAAUACGCUGGACUGCUACAACCCUAUGAACAACUGCUGGCUCCCGUGCGCCCCGAUGAGCGUACCCCGGAACAGAAUUGGCGUUGGGGUCAUCGAUGGCAUGAUCUACGCCGUCGGGGGCUCACAUGGAUGCAUCCAUCAUAACAGUGUAGAGAGGUACGACCCGGAAAGAGACUCAUGGCAACUGGUGGCCCCCAUGCUGACCCGGCGAAUAGGGGUGGGCGUGGCUGUCAUUAACCGCCUCCUCUACGCGGUGGGUGGGUUUGAUGGAACGCAUCGUCUGAGCUCAGUGGAGUGUUACAACCCUGAGAGAGACGAAUGGAGGAGCACGGCACCCAUGAACACUGUCCGCAGCGGAGCAGGUGUGUGUGCAUUGAGUAACCACAUCUAUGUAAUGGGAGGCUAUGACGGCACCAAUCAGCUGAACACUGUGGAGCGCUAUGACGUGGAGACGGACAGCUGGACCUUCAUCUCAUCAAUGAGACACCGGCGCAGCGCGCUGGGCGUCACUACCCACCAAGGACGCAUCUAUGCUCUCGGAGGAUAUGAUGGAAACACCUUUUUGGACAGUGUGGAGUGCUACGACCCUGAAACGGACACAUGGGCCGAGGUCACAAGGAUGACCUCCGGGCGGAGCGGGGUCGGUGUCGCAGUGACCAUGGAGCCGUGCCAAAAAGAUUGCCAGAAAGACUGCCAGAAAGAUUGUCAGAAAGAGUGUCAGAAAUUCUAGUGCCUCCUAUAUUUUCCUGCUCUUUUUUCCUUUCAUAUUUCUAUUCCUUUCUCUUUCGGCCAGGAUGAUCAGUGAUUACAAUUCUGGUGCUUCGACAACAUUUAUCAGUCUUCUAUGAAUCAGAGCAAACGGGUCUCUGGACAUCUACAGGGUUCACACAAAGCCGUGACUUAAGAGAGAGACGCAAAUAGACCAGGAGAUGCUUCCAGACAGGACUGGUUAAUUUUUUUGUUGUUGUUGUUGUUGUUGCUGGUUUUGUAGCCAAAAUACAGGCAUCGGGAUCAUUAAUGUGAAUCAGCGCCUGUGUCUCCUGUUUGUAUUACUGACCAGCCUUGUCUAUCUAAACCAAACUGACUAAAGCUGAACAUUUUAUUUUUUUUUCCUGAAGCAGAAGUUGCAGCUCAGCAACGUGGACCAUGGAUGUCAACAUCUUAAAGUGCCAUUAUUAUAUCUCACAACACGUUCGAGUAUCCUUCUGUCUGAACCGGGCUUCAUAGAACCGUCACGACGGGCCGAAGGCUCCGGAGAGGCAGGGAACCGCAGCUGUGGGUUGGUUUAGAGAAAACAAGCUUCCAUUUACUCUAAAUCUAUUUGAUCAGCCAAAACAUGGGUCAUGUUUCCUGAUGUUUGCUUCUUUAGUUUUGCACCAGAGCUUAAUGGUUCUAAGAAGUAAGAAAAGUAUCUCAAAAUCAAUCCGAUUUCAUGAAUACUAGUCUAUGGGAAUACACCCAGACUUUAAUCUAGAGCUGUGCACUGGGGACCAAAAUUCUGUGUUUUUGCUCUGUCAAAUGUUCAGGAAAAGGCUGUGAAAUGUCCUACAUUAGAUGAACAAAAUAUUUGGUCUCAUCUCAUUGCUCAGUGUACCACAGUUUAAAAAGAUAUUUAAAGAUCAUUAUAUUUUGGGAAACGGACCUAAGGAUCCAGAACAGGACUCUUCCUCUGUCUGGAGGUUAUAUGGAUGAUAAUAUAUUUCCAUUAUGAAGUGUGCUCCAUCCCUGUUAUUUUUGCAAACGUAUUUGCUUCAAACUGACAUCGCGUAUCUUCCAGCUUACAUAUGAAGCAGAUAUUUUCAUGUCAUGUGUUAUGUGAGGUUUGUAACUCCAGUGCAAAACGUGAUUCAGACAUCAAACAUGUUUCAGCUGAUUGAGUACAUUUUGGGGAAAUUUUUUCUAAAGCCUAUUUUUCUGGUUCGAUCUGUUAGGUUAGUAUGACAGAUUCAGGCAUAUUGAAGCAGGGGAAAUGCUUGAUUCAACUCAUUUGGUUAAUUAUCCAUGUCUGUUGUAAGACUCCCAAUUCGUCGUGUAUUAGCCGAUUGCUCAUUUCAUGAACUUAUUCACUCAGGGUGUUUUCUUUGGGUGCGAUACGCCGCCUUUGUGAUUAACCAGUGAGUCGAAUCAGCUUACACAAGGUGUUAAUGUUAAUGCUGGGAUCCACGGAUGCAUAACCCUGGUUUUUUGAUUCAGUUUAGUGUUUUCUCUGCCGAAGUCACUUUGUUAAUUUCUAAACCCCAUUCAUGUUUGUGUGUUUGUCCAGAUGUUUGUCUAAAUAGCGUCUCAUUUUAAAAGUGUUUCAGGGUCCAGUCUGGACCUGAGGAAAAACAGUAUCUAAAAUCCAAGAGCACAAAUGAAAGAAGACUGAUAUUUGAAAUGAAGGUUUUUGGAAAGUAAUGGAAAAGAACGUGGGUUCUGACCGUCAGUCGAUGCUGGAUGCAGCAUUACCUGAUGGGAAAGAAAAGUGCCAUUUGAGGCCAACAUUAUAGUCAGGACAGACGUCUUGCGUGAGUGGACAGAAAAAUCUGAUUAAUGUAUUUGUUACAGUAUUUUAGGCUACGUUUUCCAAGAUUUUAGAAACUUCUUGGAGUUUUGUACAGGGUCUGGAUAUCUCUUUUAUUUAUUUUGAAUUAAAUGUUUUAUUCCCCCCCCCUUCGUGCUUGAUCCUUACAUUCUACUUUGGAAUAAAUGACCGAUCCCCCCUUUUGUAUUCGUUGCAUACUGAGCAUGAGCCGUAUUUCGAGACGCGACGGCAACUUGUGACUUCUCUUUUUCUAAGUCUGUCUGUUGAAAAGAAAAAAAAAAGGAAGUAGUUUUUGCUUUAACAGUUUAUUACUAACAUUGAGAGAUAAUUUAAAGACUGCUUUGUACAUUUUACAGCAAUCAAUGUAUUGUACAUUGUGUAUUAAAGAUCUGUUUAUUGUA